CUCACUCGCAAGAAAGUAAUUAAAGUGAUCGCAUCGCAUCGUUACUUACGUUUAUAUUUUAUUUUUUUGAUUUCAAGAGUGGACCGCCGCGCACACAUUGAGAGGAUUUUCAGUUUUCGCAUAGUUUCGGAAAACUCAAGCACACAGUCGAGUCGGUCGGUGGUGGUCGAUUCUUUAGCACGAGGUCACUGAAUCUACAGAAACGAGGAUAGUUUGCAGAUUUUCUUGUGGACAAGAGGAUCGUCAAGCAGUCAGUCAGCAUCCAGCGCUAGGACAGAGAGGAUUCAUCGUGAGGAGCGAUCGAGCCUACUGUUAUUUGAAGUUAGGAGCAAUAGUGUUGGGUGAAGAAAAGGUUCAGGAAAAAAGCAACACUGAAUUAAGAUCUGCAAAAUCAAAGUCAAGUGUACAUUGGCAUUGUUUGGUUUGCGGUUCGACGGUCAGCGAAGUGUUAUGAUUAUUGGAUAACAAUUGUGCAAAUUUGCGAGUGUUUUUUCGAAUCGCGCGAGUGGCAUAAUUGGCGAAACGAGCGCACACAGAACCACAUAUUUAAGAACCAGUGGAGCAGACAGUAAUUUCAGUAAAGGUGAAGAAAUCAAGAUAAACACAAACACGAAAUUCGUUCAAGUUGAAGAUUGAGUGGUAACUGUACCGACAGGUGAACAAGGCAGAGCAAUCAAGCACACUGUCCAACCAGGAGGAGCAGUCAGCCAGUAGUUCCAGCAGUGAAAAUCCCCCGAAAAUCAGCGUAAUGACGGACGUUGCCCACGAACUUGGUGCCCUGCGGAUGAUAGUGGAUUCGCCACUGUCGUCCAAGGUUGCCCUAUUCAACAACGUCUCCAAAAGCCAUAUGCUGUCGCAAUCAGUGAAUCCCUUCUCCGAGUCGCAAGGCGCCCGCGGAAUGCAGAGACUCCAGAUCAGCAAAGAGGAGUACGGCAGACCGAAAGCCGGCAGCCUCACCGAGUACCGGGGGAAGAAGGCCAACAUCCAGGUGUACCAGGAGAUGUUGGAACUUUGCACCGUGAUCCACGACGAGGGACAACCCAUCUCCAAGAAGGACCCGGAACGCAGAGUCCUCCUGUUCGGGGAACUCUUCAAUAUCUACACCCACAUCAACGACAAGCUGGUCGGCCUGAUGCUGCGUGCCCGCAAGCACGAGCUGAUCCAGUUCGAGGGUGAGAUGCUGUUCCAGCGCCGUGACGACAACGUGCCGGUCUUCCUGAUGAAACCCCUCCGAGAAAUUCGGGAAAUCCUCGUCGGCAAGCAGACGGAAAUUCGCCGGAGUUUGAGUCCCAACCCGCAGCCUACUGGGGUGUUGUAAGCGAUUACAAAGGGGAGUGCAUCAAACAGGCCGCGGUGGUGAUAAUCAACGAACGGCGGUGGCGGCGCGCUAGCCGGUGCUAUCUAUGAUGAAGAUGGGAAAAUGUGACGUUUUGAUGAAUGCGAGCGUGAGUGACUGCGACGGAUGAAAUUUAUACGUGUGAUCAAUCGUACUGAGAAUCGUAAAUAAUCUGUAUAUUUUAGAGGUUUGUUUUGAUGGACGUGUGCUCAUCGCCGCUAUGGCGAUGGGUUGAAACUGUUAGGAAGUAUAUAUUGGAUCAAUUCGAAGAAAUUGAAAGACAUGUUUUCUGUUGUCAAAAGUCGGUUAAAUUUUUGGUGCUGACAAAUCUUACAGCGUACUUUGAUUUUCGGUUUUUGUUCCUUUAGAUUUUCGUUCUGGAAGAGUGUAGCCAUCUUCCAGUAAAUUCCAGGGAAAAGCAAAAGAUUCAUACUACUACCACUAACGGACUAGUGUUAGGGCGGAGAACAGAAACAAACAGAACCAAAAAUAGCCGUUAAGUUUAACCAGUAACUUCACUAAAACAUGAUUAUUUAUUCUUUAAGAUUUCCUCGCUGUUUUCCCACAAAAGCCUUCUUUGAUUUAGCCGGUAAUUUUCCGUUCGUGCAAUAUUUAGUUGUAGUUUUUCUUCUUCUUCUUCUUCCACUUCUAUUUAGUUAUCCAGCUGUAACUUUUUUCCCCCAGUUUCUUUAGUGCGGUAGUCACAGUAUUAUACACUUAUUAUACACACAAAACAACUUACAAAAAAGAGAAAAAAAAAAAUGAAAACAAGAUGAGCUGAAAAUGUAAACAAAUCGCGCACAUGUUGGUAUAGCGAAGGCAACAAUAGAAACAGAGCAACCUAUGUGGGAAGUGCGAACCCCCGAAUGCCGCCAUCUUCGGUAAUGAAGUCAUAAUGCGAUAAUCGCAUCGCGGACCGGAGGUUUGCGUGAGAAAAAAAAAAAACAGUGUAAAAGAUCAGCUUCCGCAGCUGUUUUCGGAGGAAAAAAGCCUAAUUGGAUUGGAAUCAAAACAAAACAAAAGAAAGGAAAAGCCCAUCGAAUCAACACGCAUGGGUGGCCACAUGCCAGCGUGAUUCGAAGGUGGCAAUAGUCGAGAGUAGGAAGUGCCGCAGUUUGGCUUGAGAAGUAGGUGAAGAAGUAGACACCAAGAGCGAUGAAAGUGAUGAACCGUAUGAGAGUGAGAAACCGACCAGGGUGUUGUACUAACAUGUGUUUGUUUAAAGUUAGACGAGUCUCUUGUUGUUAGACGUAAUGAAUGCUAUAACUGUAAUUAGGUCGUUAGAUAGAAAAGAUUCAAUGAAUGAAAAAAUAUACAUAUAGUUUCCAUUACCGUUA